AUGAGACAGCCGAUCGACAAAGAGUCUCUGGAACGCUAUCUCAGUCUGCAUGUCCCUGAAAUCAAAGUCCCCGUCCAGAUACGGCAGUUCGAAUACGGACAGUCGAACCCGACAUACCAAUUGACCGACAGCGGAGGCCAACACUUCGUGCUCCGCAAGAAACCGCCCGGAAAACUGCUCACGACCGCAGCACACCAGGUCGAGCGCGAGUACCGCGUCAUCAGCGCCUUGAAUGGCACUGGCAUCCCCGUGCCCAAGGCUUACUGCCUCUGCGAGGACAGCAGUGUGGUCGGGACGCCUUUCUACAUCAUGGAAUUCCUGGACGGUCGGAUCUUCGAGGAGGCGUAUAUCCCUGGGGUAUCACCCGAGGAGAGGAGUUUAAUGUGGAAAGAAGCCGUCCAGACACUCGCGCGACUUCACCGCGUCGACCCGGUUGCGGUCGGGCUCACCAACUUCGGCAAACCGCGCGGGUUCUACACUCGACAGAUCCGAACGCUGAAGCGUCUCGACAAGUCGUAUUCAAAGGUGAUUGACGUCGAGUCUGGGGAGGCUGUGGGCCGAAUACCGCAUAUGGACGAGAUGGUGGCCUUCUUCGAAGACGAGAGGCACUGGCCGCAAGAUCGCGGCUCCAUCACGCACGGCGACUACAAGAUCGACAAUCUCGUCUACCACAAGACGAAGCCGGAGAUUAUUGGAAUCCUCGACUGGGAGAUCGCAACCGUCGGCCACCCCUUGUCAGACCUGAGCAACAUGACCAUGCCAUGGACGGUGACGCAGAACUUCAAGGAGAUAAAAACACACUCGCACCCGGCGUUCGACGUCGGCGCGGGGCCGCCGGGUCUACCCACCAAGGAACAGUGUCUGGAAUGGUACCGCGAGGAGGCAGGAGGCUGGGAUCCCACGGGCGAGAUGGCGUGGGCCGACGCCUUUGCCAUGUUCCGCACGAGCGUCAUGAUCCAGGGCAUCGCAGCCCGCUGGGCCGUGAGGCAGGCCAGCGGCGAGGGUUCGUCGGCUGGGACGUUGGCGCUAGAGAGGUUUCCCUACGCACGCGCGGCGCUGAAGAUGGUCAGAGACUUUAAAAGCGCAGAAGAGAGAGAGAAAACCAACAACAGCGGCAGCAGCAAGGCAGCAGCCUCGUCGCGGUUGUAG